AAGAAAGAAAGAAAGACAGACAGAUUGCAGUUAUUUUUUUAAAUAUUCCUAGGAAACCCGUUUGCUGCCAAGUUAUGGUUGGAAAUACCAAUCAUAGUUGAUGGUUCAACAAGUUUAUGUUCUCGUCAUUGUCACCCCAAAAAGAGAUUGGUACUCAAAGCUGGCGCGAAGAAAAUCAAGGUUGCAAUAUAUUUGGGGGACAGUGAGCUAUGGAGCAAAAGCUUUGGAUGUAUGACAAUGUUUGUCAAAGAAAUUUGCUAUAAUGCAUCACUUCCCGCGUUGGAUGAGUUUUGCAAACGGAAAAUCAAUAAACUACCACCCGAACCUCCAGACACUGAGUGUGGUAACGAUGACGAAAUAACCAAGGGCAGAGGAAAGUGUGGUGAUUUCCCUGUCUGCUUACCUGGUUGGUCAGGAGAAGGAUGUUCAAAGCCCGAUCCACCGUCAGGGUGUGUCUAUGGAAAAACGUUUGGUUCUGUAAACUGCAAAGUGACUUGCAAGUGUUUUCCUGGGUGGAUUGGCACUUCAUGUAACGUAAGAGCACCAUCUGUUAUCGCUGGUGAUCCUCACUUGAGCACCUUCGAUGGAGUCAAUUAUGACUAUUUUGGUAUUGGAGAACUCUGGGGAUGUCAAAGCAUCGAGAAUGACUUUGGUCUUCAGUUCCGCUUCUUUGCCUACGAGAGAAGCUCCUUGACUGGAGGGAUUGCGCUUAAAGCAGGCAACAACACCAUCACAUUAAUGACAGUUCGCACAUCUAGCAGUGCUGACUUUCCUGUACUCAGGGUAAAUGGACAAAGUCAACAUAUAAACUUMCUUUUGGGUAAAGAARUYAAAUUAGACAAUGGAACAGUCUCGAUGARAUUGUACAGAAAUUCAACCGGAAACGAAAAAGAGUCAGUAGUCAUGUUGAUGUCAGUUGAAUACAAAUCAGGCAUAGCUGUUAGCUUAGACGUUCGACACAGCAAAGUAAUGGACAGACAAUACAUCAAUGUAGGACUGACUCCUACUAUUGACUUUAUGAAGAAAACUAGCGGCUUGUAUGGGUACAUGGAUGGGGAUCCGUCCAACGAUUUGCAGGGACCAGAUAGCAAGAUAUACACUGAUCCCAUCAAAUUUGCAGAGAGUUGGAGAAUAAAAACUUCCAGUCGCGAGGAACUUCUUUGGUCAUGGAAGGACUCUAAUUUUCAUCCUGAUGAUGUCAUGGAUUAUUCAUAUACCGAUUCAACGUUUAUACCUGUUUAUAAUCUAGCAGGAAUUGAUGAACAGACCAAAAAGAAAGCGAUACUUGUGUGCUCAUCCAUGGGAUUGGCUGGAGAUUUGCUGAAAGACUGUGUGUAUGACGUCGCCAUUACGAAUGACACAACCCUUUCUGAACAAGAAACAUUACAGCAAGGUUGUGAAAAUGUUUGUUCUGGGCGAGGCCACUGCGUAAACAAAACCUGUGAAUGCAUUGAAGGAUGGUCGGGUAAAGCCUGCGAAAAAGGACAAUGUGCUAAUUGUUCCCUAUUGCAUGGCAAAUGCAUCAAUAGUUUUUGCUACUGCAAUACAAGCUGGGAAGGAGAAAACUGUGACAAAGAAGCUACGUGUUUGAAUCUAAACAACUGCACAAGUCCCCUUCACGGGAAAUGCAAGACUUCUGAMGUCUGUCAUUGUAAUGAUGGAUUUACAGGGAAGGACUGUAGCAUUGUGCCUACUUGUUAUGGCGUUGGAAAUUGCUCAUUCCAUGGAGUCUGCGUUGAUUUUGACGUCUGCAAAUGUAACAAGGAAUGGACAGGUCAAAACUGCUCAGAAUUUUCAUGUCACGAUCUAUCGUUCUGUUCAGGUCACGGUCGAUGCGUACAACUUUACGAAUGUAAGUGUGACCGAGGAUGGACCGGAGUUAGUUGUGGUGUUCCCGACUGCCCAGACGUUAACCAGUGCUCUCAAAAUGGAGACUGCAUAUCAAGCAAUCAGUGCAAGUGUAAACCAGGAUUUCAGGGCGAAGACUGCAGCAAGCCUUCCGACUGCUCUUCUUUAUCAAACUGCAGCAAUCAUGGCAUUUGUGAAAAUACCGAUGGAAAAAACUCAACAUGCAGGUGCUUUUCUGGCUUCAGUGGCCCAACAUGUAAUGAAACAUCAUGUGCAGAAGUCCAUAACUGCACUGACCAUGGAGAAUGUAUUGAUGCUAACCUUUGUAAUUGUACCAUUGGAUACUCUGGGUAUGACUGUAGCAACUUCUCCUGUGAGGUGCUGAACUUCUGUUCAGGACGUGGUGAAUGCAUCGAUUAUAAUGUUUGCAAGUGUUCAGGCCUGUGGUAUGGAAUCGCCUGUACCAUUCCAAACUGUACUGCUUAUAAAAACUGUUCUCAAAAAGGAGACUGCAUCGCACCAAACACUUGUGAAUGCUACCGGGGAUACGAUGGCAAGUACUGUGAUCAACCGGCGCCACCAAAUCUGCAUUCCCCAAUUUUUAACGUCACCGUUCUUAACUUUGCUUUAAACGAGAGUUUACCUGCCGGAACACCGAUAGGAAUGAUCGUCGCUAACGAUUCUGAUACCGGUCGCAAUGGAAAAAUCCUGUAUUCUCUUGUUUCAAAUAGGUAUAGUCGUUUAUUUCUAUUAAACAGCUUCUCAGGAGCUCUGUCAUCGGGAGUAGUUUUCGACUAUGAAACUCUUCAAAAUGCAACUUUCAAAAUCGAGGUAAUUGCAUCAGACGACGGAUUUCCGCAAAAGUUCACCAAAACAAAUGUAUUUAUAACGGUUAGAAACGUGAACGAUAACUGUCCAGUCUUUAAUGGGUAUCCAACCACCAUUGAUAAAACAAUGCUGCACAUUGAUGAUUCGAAUUUUGAGCUAUUCUCGGUGGUUGCCACUGACGCUGACAGUGACGAAUAUGGAUAUGUGACCUAUGGCAUUACCCCACCAAGUAUGCAGCGCUAUUUUGCUAUCGAUCCMUACAAUGGCACGAUUAUUGUGAAGGAGGUACUUCAACCAGAUGUAUAUGUCUUUGAUGUUGUUGCAACAGACUAUGGAGACCCUCCCUGCGAAUCAAAGAAGGCUGUAAAGCUGACUGUUCUUUCGACCGAGGAUAAAAAGCCUACCACCGAACAACCAUCGACAACUACAACAUCUACCAAACCUACGACUGCGAAAACAACAACAGAAGAAACAGUGAAACCUAAAUCCACAGAUGAAAAAGCAACGAGUACAUCAGCCAUACCUUCCUUUUCAACGACAGAAACAGCAACGAUUAUAGCUCAAGCGACCAAAAAACCUGUGUCCACUAGUGAUACAGUAAAGGUUGUUCUUUUUGUUGCAUUGGGUGCCAUUUUUGUUGUGACUGUUUUUGCCAUAUUGCUAUGGAGAUUUUGUUGUCGCAAGACACCUCCCCGCAAAGUACAUGCUGGCAGACAUAACGAAGGAUUGGAUGAGGUACCAAUGGAACCUAUCCAACAGCGAAGACCCGCCAUAGAUACUUGGCUAGAACGAAGCUGAAGUGCAGUACAUUCUCUUGUUUUAGCUGACGCAUAAUGCAUUUAUAUAAGCUUUGUAAAUAAGCAAAGGCUAUGGUAGGAGGUAUAAACUGUUAAAGCAUCAAUUGUAGGUUAGGAUAGUAUUUACAAAAGUCCUAGCGAGAGUCUCACAGCUAGGAGUAUGUACUUUGUGCGUGGGUAGAGAGAGGGAGGGGUAGGUGCUCCUUCUAUAAGGAAGUUCCUAAGCUCUUUAACCCCACUUCUCUGUCCUUUCCCAACAUUUUCUUAGAUAGAAGAGUAUUAUAAACACGUGUAAGCUGAGGAAAUUGGUCUUAAAUAAAUAUCUAAAGUCUUGAUUGUAAUUCAUGGUAUUA